UAACUGAGUAUUCUGGUGGAUUCGAACAGGGUCACUGAUGUUUUGGUUCCUUCGACAAAAGUGGUUGAUGUUUGGAAUCGGUAAGAAACAAAGCGAUGAUCAAAACUUUGGGUGUGGCUUCUGCUCGCUUCUUCUUCUCCAGACAUCCACCAACGACUCGUAACAUUUGCGUGUCAUCUCACUCCGUAUCGAAUCGCCGGAAAUUCUCUGUGAUGGCCAGUGGAAGCAGCGGUGGAGGAGAAGAGUUGGUAAAAGGAAACGUUUACCCAAAUGGCGUCGCUGUCAUCACUCUUGAUCGACCUAAAGCUCUCAACGCCAUGAAUCUAGAAAUGGAUUUGAAGUACAAAAGCUUGCUUGAAGAAUGGGAAUCUGAUCCCAAAGUCAAAUGUGUUGUCGUCGAAGGAAGCACUCCUCGAGCCUUUUGUGCUGGGAUGGAUAUUAAAGGAGUUGUUGCAGAUAUCUUAAUGGACAAACACACUCCUCUUGUGCAAAAGGUAUUUACAGCCGAGUAUACCCUGAUAUGCAAGAUUGCUGGAUACAAAAAGCCCUAUAUCUCUUUGAUGGAUGGCAUUACAAUGGGAUUUGGCCUUGGUCUUUCUGGACAUGGGCCCUACCGUGUGAUAACAGAGAGGACGGUCCUGGCAAUGCCAGAAAAUGGAAUCGGCUUGUUUCCAGAUGUAGGGUUUUCAUAUAUAGCAGCUCAUACCCCUGGCAGAGGGUCUGUUGGUGCGUAUCUUGGUAUGACUGGGAGAAGGAUCUCCACACCUUCUGAUGCAAUGUUUGUGGGUCUUGGGACACAUUAUGUGCCAUCUGGAAAGCUAGCUUCACUCAAAGAAGCCUUUCUGUCAGCCGACAUUUCCAAGGAUCCUCAUCAAGACAUCCAAGCAACUUUAUCAGAAUACAGCAGUGAUCCUGACUCUGAAGCCUACCUCAAAAUGAUGUUGCCUCAAAUAGAAACAGCCUUUAGUGCUAGUAAAUCUGUUAAGGAAACAAUCGAAGAGCUGAAGAAGUACCAGCAGAGCACUGAGGCUUCAGUUGCAGAAUGGGCUAGUGAAGCACUCCAAGGCCUUGGAAAAGGAGCCCCGUUCUCUCUAUACCUAACACAUAAGUACUUCUCCAAAGUUGCUUGCGCCAUGGGUAAAACCGACAACGAGAUGGCAACGCUUAAUGGUGUGAUGAAAACGGAGUACCGCAUUGCUCUGAGAGCUGCCUUGCGCGGUGAUUUCUCUAAAGGCGUUAGAGCAGUCUUGGUCGACAAGGACCAGAACCCGAAAUGGAAACCAGCAAGCUUAGACGAGGUAGAAGAAAGCGAAGUGAACGCUCUCUUUAAGCCACUAACUCCUGAAGUGGAAGAGCUAAACGUAUAAAAAUGAGUUCACUUGAUUGUUCUAGCUUAAUAUAUGUAUGUGACAUAUGUUACUGUAUUGACUUUCAAGUUUCAACAAAUUGAUCGUUCGUGUGUUUCCAGCUUGUAUACAGAGCACAUGUCCCUUUCA